AUGAAAGUCUUGCCCGAGCUCCUUAAAUCGGUUGAAUUUGGUGGGGGAGGUCCAAAAGUGCUUUCAACUAUCUUGAAAGUCGGGACCAAACUUAGUGAUGAUGAAUACUCCCAGAAACUUACACCCGUCCUUGUUCGGUUAUUUGCGAAUCCAGACCGAGCUAUACGUGUAUGCUUACUGGAUAAUCUCCCCCUCAUGAUCGACCGGCUUCCCCAGAGAACUGUGAAUGACAAGAUAUUCCCUCAAAUGGUCACUGGCUUUACGGAUCUUGCCCCAGUUGUCCGUGAACAGACUGUCAAAGCUGUCUUAGCAAUUAUAGGCAAAUUAUCAGACCGCACGAUCAACGGCGAACUGGUUCGAUAUCUUGCAAAAACUGCCAAUGAUGAACAGCCUGGAAUCCGUACAAAUACCACCAUAUGCUUGGGUAAAAUUGCUAAAAACUUGUCUGCAAGCGUAAGUUGA